CUCAAAGUUUCUGUUGCAGAAAGCAAGCAGCAGAAAAAGCAUCGCAUGGUGAGGAGAGUGUUUCCCAUGUUGCAUUAGUGGAAGUGUGACAUGCUGGCCUGUCUGCCAGCAUCAUCAGGUGACCCUACAACCCGAUUUCUCUCCCACACGCAGAUGAACACUGGACUUCAGCAAUGGGACACUACACAGAAGAUGAGAUCUGCCAACUAUCCAACCCCAGCAGAAUUGGAUGCCUUUGCUAAGAAAGUCGCCAGCAAGCCUCUGACCAUAAAGAUCUUCCCCAACAGUGUCAAAGUACCUCAGAGAAAGCACAUCCGCCGCACAGUGAACGGGUUGGACACGUCCAGCUCCAGCCAGCGCCACAGCCCCUACCCGUCUCAGGUCAGCAGCACCAGAGCGGGCCUCUUGGCCGUCCUCCGCACUUCGACCGGCAAAAGCGCCCUCAAAGACACAGACGGCAGCCGAGCCCAUCUGCUUCCCAAAGCAGCCAUGAACCUCCACAGCGGGUCGUACGUCGCUCAAAGCUCUUUAAAUCUCCCCGAGCCUGUCCCCCACCUCCAGGGCAUGUCUCAAACCCAACACCAGGCAUUGAAACAGAAACAGGGCCUCUCCCACCCACAUCCACAGCAUGCUGUACAGCAGCACAACAUGGCUCACCAUGUGACUUCACAGCCACAGAAUAUGCCUCAACCUCGCCCUAAAACUUUACAGCAACAGAACAUGGCCCACCCUCAAACUUUACAGCGGCAACAAACCUUGUCCCAGCUGCAAACUGUACAGCAGCAACAGCAGAAUCUGGCGCACCCCCAGAAUAUCCAGCGGCAGCAAAGUUUGCCUCACACGCAGACUUUACGACAGCAAAAUCAGACUCGGCCACAAACCUUACAGCAGCAGCAUCUUCUUCAUCCUCAGACGCUGCAGCACCAGACUCAUCCUCACCAACAAGCUUUAGUACAGCAGGCUGUGGCUCAGGCUCAAGGUCUCCGGCACCUGCCUGACUUAGCCCACGCCCAGCCUCCACCUAGUCUGCAACAUUCCCAGGGCCUGCAGCACUCCCAGAGCCAGUCACAGCCUCUCACCCAGGGCCUCCGGCACCAGCCUGACGUAGCCCAGUCCCAGCCUCCACCCAGUCUGCAACAUUCCCAGGGCCUCCCCCCAUCUCAGCAGCUCCCCCAGGCCUCCGGUGCCGGCCCUGGCCCUCCCUCUGCUUCCAAUGCCCUGCAGCCCCAGCCAGGCCCCCCCUACGGCCCCAGGAAGCUGCCAGACGCAGACGUCCCGCCAAACGUAACUGUAUCUACCUCCACCAUCCCGCUAUCCAUGGCGGCCGGCCUGCACCACAACCGGCCGGGCACAGACCUGAGCAGCAUCGUGCACCAGAUCAACCAGUUCUGCCAGGCUCGGGCCGGAAUGGGUGCCACCUCGGUGUGCGAGGGCCAGAUUGCCAACCCCAGCCCCAUCAGCCGUAACCUUCUCAUCAAUGCCAGCUCCAGGGUCAACACACCCCACAAUCUGGACUUCCUUCCCUCCUGCCUGCUGGGCCCCACAGAGAAGGCCCCUGGAGAGUCCCAGGGCCCUGCUGGUGGCCUACAGCCCAACAUGGCUGUCAUGAAUAGGAUGCCACCUGCUUUCCACACUGACAUAAAGCAGCAGUUACAGCAGCAGCAAUUACAGCAGUUACAACAGGUUCACCAGCAGCAACAACAUAAUCAGUUACAGCAGCUCCAACAGGUCCAUCAGCAGCAACAACUACAACAUCAGUUACAGCAGCAACGCUCCUGGAACCAGCACCAGCUGGCUCACAUGCAGCACCUGCCCGAGGGAGCCAACCCCAGGAGAGAAAUCCCCUCUGGGCCUGUCUUCCCUGCCAAGACCCUCAACUAUCCCCACGUGCUGCUGGCUUCGCAGCCACAAGCCUUCUACCUUAAACACCCAUCAGACAAGACAACCCCCUCGCCCUCCGUAACCGGCCCACCGGGUGGCACCAUGCCCAGCUACACCAACGGGUGCUACCUGCAGGCUCCAUGGGGCAGUGUCCUACAAGCAGGCAAAAGUGAUGGUCUAGGCCCUCUGGAUUUGGCCUUCCAGGGGGGCCCGUCAGGGGCCUCCAUAGACUGCAGCACACCAGGAUCACAGUACCGACCAGGAGCCAGACCCGGGUUCCCAGGUUCGGGUCAGACCAAGCUGAUGAAGCAGAACGUGUCUGAUUACCUGGCUGGGGAUUUCCAGACGUUCCAGCAUAACCCAGGUGCCAUGGGGAAGAUGCACAGGCCCCCCAUGGGUAGAGCUCCAGCCCAGGGCCCAGAGCUAGGCAACGGUAGAAAUAUCCCCGCUCACCACCCAGGCUAUAGAUAGAUGGAUAGCAGUCUUCACCUCACCAGUUGUGUGUCAUGGUUGGUGAAUGAUUCAAGAUUGUAAUCAGGUGUCCACAUGUUGUAGAGUUCUUGCAAGUGAUCAAUUGAAUGUUCUCCCUAGUCGGUUGCUCCUGCUCUCAAUGUUCAAUCGCUGACUUAUGUUUUAAAAGUAGGUCCUCAGCCCUUAAAGGUAUCUGUUAAACCUUAGUGCCAGAUGAAGGGUUUUUGAUUGUUAUUCCAAUGAUGAAGAAUACUUACUCAUACCACAACAUGGA